GGGAGAUGGCCAAUGGCCUGUUUCUGGAUUGCAGCCAUUGGGUGUUCGGCUUGUCAGGACAUUAGCCAAUGGGCGCAGAGCUUUAUUUGCGCGGUACUGAUGGCGGCUAAGCGCGGAGCUCUGAUUGUGUUGGAGGGGAUGGAUCGGUCUGGGAAGAGCACCCAGUGCCGUAAGCUGCAAGAGGCUCUGCGGCAGCAAGGCCGAGCCGCCGAGGUGCUGCGGUUCCCGGACAGAGGGACUGAAAUUGGCCACCUGAUCAGCUUAUACCUGGAGAAGAAGAAUAACCUGAAUGAUCACACUGUGCAUCUGCUCUUUGCUGCCAACAGAUGGGAACGAGUGCCACUGAUUAAAGAGAAGUUACAGCAAGGGAUCACUCUAAUUCUGGAUAGAUAUGCUUUUUCUGGAGUUGCCUUCACAAGUGCAAAACCAGAUUUCACACUGGAAUGGUGCAAACAACCAGACAGUGGUAUUCCAAAGCCGGAUGUAAUCCUCUUCCUUCAUCUUAACCCUUCGAUAGCCAUGAAGCGAGGGGGCUUUGGCAACGAGCGGUAUGAAAACCAUACCUUCCAGAAGCUGGUACUUCGACAGUUUGAAGAGCUGAUGAAAGACGAGAAUCUAGAUUGGCAGAGAUUAGAUGCUUCUCAAAGUAUUGAAGACUUACACCAGGAGAUAAUGUCUAAAGUGAAGAAAACUAUAGAGAAAGCCGCCGAGGAGCCUAUCGGAGAACUCUGGAAAUAAGAUCCUUCUCUCCUGCACAGUGGAUGAGAAAUUUGGGGGAUGUGGAGGUCUGAUGAGAAUAUUGGUCACUGCCUUCAACUCCAGUUUCCAAAUUCACCUGCUAUGUUCCAUUUGGUGCAAUGGAAGAUCUUGUUUCUGCCGCCAAGCAUUUAAAGGGGAUGUUUGAGUGGGAUAGUCUUGUCCCUUUUUAUGAAAACUAGUCAUGCAGUAUUAGAAAAAUAAAACUGAAUAUUUAUA